AGAGUCCUCCCCCCUCCUUCCAUCUGGCAGGUACCACUCACUGGCGAGGGGGGGAUGGUGAUCCUAUCCAUCCACCACAAAUCUAGUGCUCACUGUGGCAGAAUUGCAGUGCGCUGGACUGUACAGAGCAGGGUACCAUCCAGGCUGUUGUCUGUGAGGGGUGGGGUCCGGCUACACCACCACCACCACCACCACUACCACCAUCAUCACCAAACAUAAGCUUUACAGAGGGACACAGAGAGGCAGAAAAAGGAGAGAAGAGGGGGGAAGAUUUCACCUGAAGAGCAAUAUAAUACGGGAUGAAAGGAGACACCCCAGUGAACAGCACAAUGAGUGUCGGCCAAGCCAGGAAGCUCGUAGAGCAGCUGAAGAUAGAGGCUAGUUUCUGCAGGAUAAAGGUAUCAAAGGCAGCCGCCGACCUGAUGGCGUACUGCGACGCACACUCCUGCGACGACCCCCUGAUCACCCCUGUGCCCACCUCAGAGAACCCUUUCAGGGAGAAGAAAUUCUUCUGCGCUCUGCUUUGAGACCAAUCAGGGAUUGUUGUGAUUUGAGAAAAAAAAAAGUACAACUGUACAGUAUGUACAUGUAUGUACAGUGUGUACAUGUACUACCAAUCUAAAUAAGACAUCAAUGUACUAUAGUAACCUUGCAUAAAAGCUGCCGAUGUACAGUACAUAAUCAACUGAACUAAAUUCUUUAACUGCUAACGUCUGUCUCGGUGUUAGAGGGGAAGAACAAACAUAGGAAUCUAAAAACUAAACAUAAACAUUCAAUCAAUAAAGAGUCGAUUAUCGUUAGAAAUAGGAGAAUUUUGCUAUCAUCUGGUUGAAAACAGACAUUUCAUGCUCAUAUAUGUUUACAGGUAACUGCCAAAAAAAAAAAGGAAAACAAUCAGCAUUAAGUGUCUUAACAGGCCCUAUGAUAUGAUUCAUGCAGCAUUUAUCAGCGUUUAAAUGGGCGGCUACAUACCAACAUUACGUCUGUGGAUUAUGGUGCUGCUUCAGGGUCGGUUCUCCUCUUUUAAAUCGUCCAUACAUUUCAAAAUCUGGCAACCGAGGAUGACGUCGAGCCUGUGUUAGGUCAUACUUGAAAUCUCCAUUUGGUGACUAGCUGUAGACAGAGGUGACAACACUCCUCUCCGCCCUUUAGAGCUGCAUCGUCUUGGAUGUUUCCCCGUUUUUGGCGGUUACUUGUAUCUACAGAGGACUACAGCUGUUUAUGAGUGGAUUAUAAUCAUAGAAAUUUAUUUUAAAAAAAGGUUUUAUUAAGCAUUUUUUUUGCUCAUUUCUAUACUGUUGCUGUCGUGUGGAUGUGGAUACGUGUGUGUGCAUAGGUGCUACUGUGAAACUUAAAGCAACAACUCUGAGCAUUUGACCGCCGUCGAAUCGAGAUUUUAUAGUUCAAUAGCACACAGACCCAAAAAAAA